UUUAUCUCUGAUAAACAAGUAGACAUUAUGGUUCUUACAGGCCAGAAAAAAUGGUUAAAAUGUAUAACAGUUUGUGAUUUGCUAUUUUUUUUGUUGUUAAUAUCAUUAACGAAUGGUGGCAGUGGAUUCUCUACAGUGCAGCUGGGGCCAAAGCCCAUAUGGAAUGCGACUCAUGUGGAUGUUUUGAAACAAGAUUUGCUAUUGAAUUAUGACAAAUUUGCUAGACCAACUCAACACUACAAUUUGACAAACGUUCAAAUUGGUUUAAGCAUAAUUCAUUUGGAAGUAAACGAACUGAAAAGCAUGAUAUCUGUAAAUGGCUGGCUAAGUCUGGAAUGGACAGACGAGAAGUUAAAAUGGAACCCAGAUAGUUAUGGUGGAAUAAAAAAAUUAAACUUUGCAGACCACGAAAUUUGGCAACCGGACGUCUUAUUGUACAAUAGCGCAACCCCAAAUACUCAUUUUGGUGGAACCCAUUGUGUCGUGAAUUCAAAUGGGAAUAUAAUAUGGGUACCUCCGGUCAUUUUGAACGCUCUUUGCGAAUUUGAUUUGAAAUAUUGGCCGUUCGAUACUCAAAAAUGCUAUCUGAAGUUUGGAUCUUGGACUUACCACGGAGAAGAAAUUGACAUGAACAUUGACGAAUUAAGAAAAGGAAUACAGUUGGAAGAUAUGGUGGUUAAAAAUAACGCUUGGGAUAUUACACAGACCGAUUCUAAGAAAAAUUUAGUUUACUACAAAUGUUGCAUGGAGCCCUAUACAGAUGUUACCUUCACCUUAACUCUAUCUCGAAAGUCGCCAUCUUAUAAAGCCCUCAUUAUAACACCUGCUAUAGUGAUUAUGCUGCUGACGUUGUCUUCGUAUUGGUUACCACCACAAUCAGGUGAAAAGGUCGUUUUAAAUGGAGUAACAGCCAUAAUAAUUUGCAUUUUUAUGCUUUACUUCACCUCUAAACUUCCUGCAAUUGGAUCGAACGUUCCUUCAGUAGUGUGUUUCUACAGUACAAGCUUGUACAUUGUAUGUUUUUCAAUGAUUGCUGCCGUUGUUGUGCUUUGGUUGUCCCGGACAAAACAUAAUCGUCAGUUACCAUGGAAAAUAAAAAGUUUUCUGACGGGGCCAUUUGGAAGACAUGCUUUGGGACUCAAUUUUACCCCGUCAGAAUCAAACAUACGUGGUGAUCGUGCCCAAGUAGAAGAGAUGCGUGAGCAACAAGCUACAGAAUUCGAAGAGCACAAUAGUAACGACGAUCAUCAUAUGAUACAAAUGAUAAAAUUGACGAAAUCACACGUGCAAAACGAUUGGAUCUUAUUGGCUGUCGCUAUCGAUACAUUUUUGUUUUAUCUAUUUACAUUUGUUUUUAUUAUCUUAGCUAUUGUAUGUUUAAUUUAAAAGUAAUAAGUAGUCUACUGAAUUUUUGUGACUUACGUAUCUGUCUCAUUCCUCAGUUUGUUUCGAGUGACUAUGUUGUUGUUGUAUUUUCCUAUAAAACAACGCACAGAACAUACACUUUAUGUUUUGUAAAGGUUUUAUUAAACGAUUUCAAUUUAAAAGUUCA